AACUCACUUUCGCAUUGAUCAUCCGUGUGCGUCGACUAGUGAGCGAAGCGCUAUGGAGGAAAGAUUCAGCAAUAGCGAUACACUACCAGAAAGCGUGCAGUUGUUGGACAUGUUCCUUGAGGACAUGAACCAGCUUGAUGCGUUGCAGUCAAAAGUCAUUGCUCCGAAACUGCAGAGUCGAGCUGCAGCCAGCAACAGCACGCAAGAUAAACCCUUCGAUCUCGAUGCCAUUGGACAACAGCAUUUAAGCGCGCACCGGGGCACUGCUGCAAAGUUGUUGCCGAAAAAGAAACGGCACUCGUGGCGGCGACGAAAAGAGGAACUGAGCAAACUUCGGCAACAAACAGAGGCGAUGGAAACUCAUGUAAUAUUUCUACAAAUGAAGAAACGAGGACAGCGGGGAUAUGUACUUGGCUCGAAAGAUACACUGUGGGAAGUUACAUCUCUAGUGGAGCAGAGGCGUUUGCAAGGGGCCCUACACGAAAACGACAUUUUAAAGGGUAAAGUUCGUGCUAAUAGCCAGGUUUUAGCCGCGCUGCAAGCAGCGUUAUCUGCUGUCAGCUUGCAGGAGAGUUUCGCAAACGUUACAUCGACUACAUGUCCUCCUCGUGCCGCGAUGGAGGAGUCUCAGCGACUUCCGAUUAACAACAACAUCUUCGGUAUGCUCGAGACCCGAGUGGAUCAGCGAUUUCAAGAAUUCCACACUAUUCUGCAUCAACUACAGCACUUUCCGACUGCGGUAGAUACUGUUGAUGUACAGAUGUGCAGCGAAGAGGACGGCGCAGAUCCAGUGAUGGAGUACAAAAGCGUUCAAAUGUUGCCGUUUGAUGACGAAGCUGUGUCGAGCGCAAUGUGGAGUUUUAUCGACCAACAUAAAAUGCCGCAAGGGAAGGUCUCGCACAUUGUACGACGGUCAAAGAACACGUACGUGUUCAACUCGCGCGUUGUGUUACGUCUAGAUAACGAUACACAUCUCCUUGCCUAUUCCGACUCCGUCAUGAAGCGCGACACAGUUUCUGAAGGUACAGUUAUGCUUGGAGAGUCUUCUACGCGAUGGUCAGCUUACCGUGGAGAUUCAAAACUUUGGAGUUACAAUUCCAGAGAAUCUCUGUGGUUUGUCAUUCGGAGACAUUCGCUGGGUCCAAAUGGGCUACCUCAGCAGUUUGGGUGUCAGUUUAAUGCGCAUGUACGAAGCCGAGCAGUGAAACAAGAAACGGCGGGCACUUCAUCUUCCCGUCACGCGGUGGUGAUGCCGCUCUACCGCGAAAUUAUUGACUCGCAACGCCAAUUUCUCGAGAACUGGCUAUGGGAUUCGAUGCGUGCCUCUGCUAGCUGAACUAAGAAGGAUUUUGGUCAAUUUUUGAUGGAUGGAAGAGAGCAGCAACAAGUAGAGACUAAUGAGGUUUUAGUGAUGUAGAAUUCAAUGGACUGAUGGGAACCCUCUUGAAGAGACUAAUGCCAAGGAUGGACAGCUUACAGUCACUUGCUUAGAGCGGUUGUUUGAUCAAGUACUCCUCGCUCUCACUAAUCAUUUCGCGUUCUACUUCACACGCAAAUCGACAGCAACCUAACUAAGAAACUUGACGUUUAAGAUGCGUUCUAGUAUCCUAUUGGUGGUCGGUCUGUGUGUCAUUGUUUCCGUUCUGCAAGCGACCGAUGGUUGCAUCGCACCUGGAAUGGCUCCGCGUUGACAGCUCGGCUCCUACAAGGACUACAAACGCCACUCGCACAAGCACGACCAUGAACACA